UAUAUAGCAGAAUGUAGAAGCUUGGUUGCUUAAUCGUCUCACUUCCUUGUGCAGGUGAAGAGGGUAUGGGACGAGAUCAGUCUGUUGGUAGCAAACUUUUCUAGUCGUCUAACUGCAAAUAUUGAAGCUCAGCGUUAGGAGAGCAGUUUUGCACGCAGUUGAAAUGACGCUUGGCGUUUUGGCGCUGUCUUACCUACCGUCAGAGUGGGAGUUACUUGCAAGUAUGCUGCUGGGACGAAGACUGGAUAGGUUGGACAAGCUGUUGCAACUUUUCUGGCGUGACUAAAGGUUUAACUACCUUCCUGGGCUAAAUUAUUUUAAUGUUACAUUAAUGUCUAUCAAGGGGAGUAUCACAUUAUUUUAUUCACUGAACCUGGAGAACUGAAGAAAGUUAAACGAUUCCAGCCCGGUGAAUCACUUUUUCCGAAAACAUAUUGCUUUAUAGUGUUCCGAGUCUUGCGAACAAGCCGUUGAAGUAACGAAAAGUUUUGUUUAGGAGCAUUCGUGAAUCUUUUGAAACAUUUUCUGAACGUCCAGGUCAGCAGAACUCCUUAUCGACCACUGGCAGGUGCUGUCAAUUACUAAAAACAACGUUCUUUAAUUGCAGUGAAAAGUCAGGAUGUAGAAAACCAGUUGGAAUAUAUUUAUAUUUUUUGUGAGUCCAUGCAGUUCUACUUGUGAACACGAUUUUUCUUUAACAUCAUGAACGAUCGCUGUGGUUUGGAUUUAUUUGUGUUCCCUCGCUGGAAUUUGCCGCCCCGCCGAGGAAUUCCAGCGGGAGCAGCCUGAAGUAAAAGACGGCUUGGGGACGCACCCAUGGAGCUCCAGGCGCUGUGCGGACUGCUCUACUACUCACUGCUGCCCGCCUCCCUGCUAGCAGCCUGCCUGUUUCGCUACAACGCCCUCUCUUUAGUUUACCUUCUCUACCUGCUGCUGUUGCCAUGGUUUCUUUGGCCCAACAAGCACACGUUGCAAGGGCACACUGGGAGAUUCAUCAAGGCUUUGUUCAGCACUAGUCUAUUAUUCAUGCUAGCGCAUGUCUGUUUCCAGAUCUGCCUCUACACCGUCCCCGGCCUGGACGAUGCACUGGGACACAACUGUAGCUCAUGGGAAACUCUGACGGAGCAUAUCGGGGUGUCCAGGCUGCCCCUGGAUGACCCCUGGAAUGUGGUGAGGCUCCUGUCCCCUGACCUGGGCGUGUUCCUUAUGUCUCUGAUCACUAUGGUGGUGUGUAACCGUCUGCUGAAGAGAAGGGAUGAGAGAUGGGGGCCCAGAACACAUGGUAUACCCUGCAAACAUGAGGAGGCCGAAACGGACGAGGAUGAGGAGGAGGUGGAGGUUGGCGACAGCGAGGGUGAGGAGCAGGAGUGCGAGCAGGAGGAUGAGGAUGGCAGGCUGUCGUCCAGCACUCCGGAGGAAGGGCCUGGCAGGGCAGCCCUGCUAACUGCCCGCCUACGAGCCACAGCCCAGCGCUUUCUCCGCAACGUGGGCCGACUCCUGGUGGUUACGCUGCUGGGGCUGGCCGGCAUCACAUUGCCCUCGGCCUUCUCUGCCGUCUACUUCCUGCUUUUCAUCGGCGUGUGCACCUGGUGGGCCUGCCGCCUACCCAUCAGCCACCUGGGCUUCAGCGUGCUGUGUGUGAUGGUGGGCUUCUUCGCGGCGGGCCACCUCAUCUGCCUCUACCUAUACCAGAGUGUGGUGGUGCAGAGCAUCCUUGCCCCCAGCACCCUGUGGGCCAGGCUCUUUGGCCUCAAGGAUAUCAUUAAGCCUGUAAACUGCUCCUCCACAUCUUAUGACCUCAUCCUCAACACGGAGCAUGAUUGGCCUGUGUACGUCAACCCCGGCAUCCUCCUCCUUCUCUAUGUCACUGUGGCAACCGUUCUGAAGAUCAGCAGUCAUGUCUAUGAGAAGAAUGAUGUGGGUGGAGCCAAGGUGAGAGGAGGUGGAGAGGAAGUGGAGCUAAAGCCAUGGGGGGCGGGGCGAAAUAGUCCUGAAGAUGACACUAAGCAAAUGCUGCUCGCCUCGGGUGAAAGCCCUGGCCAAGAAUCCGUGGCAUCCAGAACUAAAGACCACGUCACAAACGGCUCCAAUCAGCACGACCCAGGCCCUGAUGCAGGCACAGUGGAGCAGCAGAUGGAGGAAGACAGCCCUCUUCAUUUGGUCGGGCGGAUGGUCAUGCAGCAGAGCUACAUCUGCGCCCUCGUUGCCAUGAUGGUGUGGAGUAUCACCUACCACAGCUGGCUGACCUUCGUGCUGCUGCUGUGGGCGUGCGUGAUCUGGAUGUGGCGUGCGCGGAGGGACUUCGCUAUGCUCUGCUCGCCCUUCAUCCUGCUCUACGGCGUGGGGCUCUGCAGCGUGCAGUACAUCUGGGCCAUGGACCUGGAGCGCGAGCUGCCCCAGCAGGUGGGCUCCAUGAGCCUGCAACAGAUGGGGCUUGACCGGCCGCCCCACCCCUGCCUGCGCCUGGGGGCCAUGUUGCUCUUCACCCUGACGUUCUGGCUGCUUUUAAGACAUUCGGUAAAGGACAAAUUCUGUAGGAAGAAGCGGGCAGUCCCACUGCAAGAGGUCACCACUGGAGGAAAGGCAGGACGCGACGGCUCAGUUCUGAAGCUGCUGGGUCGAGUAGUGAUGAGGCUGCACGCCAAGUACUGGAUCUACGUGUGCGGAGGCAUGUUCAUCAUGGUCAGCUUCGCCGGGAAGCUGGCGGGCUACAAGAUCAUCUACAUGCUGCUGUUCCUCCUCUGCAUGUGCCUCUAUCAGGUGUACUACUCUCUGUGGAGGAGGCUGCUCAAGGCCUUCUGGUGGUUGGUGGUGGCCUACACCAUGCUCGUGCUCAUCACCAUCUACACCUUCCAGUUUGAGGACUUCCCAGGCUACUGGAGGAACUUCACCGGCUUCACGGACGAUCAGCUAGCUGAUCUGGGACUGGAGACAUUUAAGCUGUCGGAGCUGUUCCCCAGUAUUCUGAUCCCUGGCUUCUUCCUGCUGGCCUGCAUUCUCCAGCUCCACUACUUCCACGAGCCCUUCAUGACGAUGACGGACCUGGAGCACGUCACACCUGUGUCCAGGAAGAGGUCUGCUCCGAAGCCAGAGGUGCUGCAGAUCUCAGAGGGAGGAGGCUUUGAAGAGGAGGACCUCAACCUGGAGCUGGGAGACGAUGAGUCAGAGGAUGGAGAGCUGAUGCCCAGUAAGUGGGGUCUGGUGAUGGACAGGCUGAUGGUCCUCUUCAGGAAGUUCUCUGACGUCCUGACCCACGUGCAAGCCUUCCUCUGGAGAAUCCUGGAGCUCCACAUCCUCAAGAUCGUCGCCUUCUUCGUUGUCUGGGUGGCGCUGUCUGAGCCGUGCGUGAUGAACUCGGUGCUGGUGGUCCUCUGGUCGUUUGCCAUGCCGUACCCUCGCUUCAGGCCCAUGGCCUCUUGCCUCUCCACCGUCUGGGUCUGCAUCCUCAUCGUCUGCAAGAUGCUCUACCAGCUGAGCAUCGUCAAGCCUGAAGAGUACUCCACCGAUUGCCCCGUGCCUUUUGCUAAUGAGACCAGCCUGGGCAGCGACGAGAUCUGGAACUCUACACUCUACAAAGCGCCGGUGGAUCCAGCCAACUGGUUUGGCGUCAGGAAGAACGCCACGGCCUUGGACUACAGCAAGAAUCACCUGAUGGUGCUGUUGCUGCUGGUGUUCGAGGUGACGGUGUACCGCCACCAGACGCACCACUACAGGCAGCUACAGCGCUCUCCGCCCACCAUCCCCACCAUCUUCCCCCAGGCCACGCGUGACAUGCUGGACCUGGGCCUGCUGCCCUGCCUCAAGUACCUGCUCAACUUCAGCUUCUACAAGUUCGGCCUGGAGAUCUGUUUUCUAAUGACGGUGAAUGUGAUUGGCCAGCGCAUGAACUUCCUGGUCAUUAUCCAUGGAUGCUGGUUGGUUGCCAUCAUGGUGAGGCGACGCCGAGCAGCCAUCGCUAAUAUUUGGCCCAAGUACUGCCUUUUCCUGGUCGUCUUCAUGAUCUACCAGUACAUCCUGUGUGUGGGCAUCCCGCCCACUCUCUGUAUUGAUUACCCAUGGAGAUGGAAGACCUCAGUAACCAUCAAUUCAGCACUUAUCAAAUGGAUUUUCCUGCCUGACUUCCACACACUCCCCAACUCCAAGAACCUCAUCGCGGACUUCCUGCUGCUGAUGUGCGUCUCACAGCAACUGAAGGUCUUUGAGAAUGAGAAGAAGGAGGAGUGGAUGGUGAUGGGAGGAGAGAACAAGGACAACCCUGACCCCAUGGAGGACAUCCCCUUCAACCCUACCCCCAACUUCAUCAACUGCAGGUCUUACCUGGAUAUGGCGAAAGUUCUGGUAUUCCGCUACAUGUUCUGGUUCGUGCUGGCUGUGGUGUUUGUGACGGGCUCCACUCGGAUCAGCGUGUUUGGCCUGGGCUACCUGCUGGCCUGCUUCUUCUUCCUUCUGAUCGGCACCAAGCUGCUGAUGAAGGCAUCAUGCACUCGCCUGCUUAUGUGGGACUGCCUCAUCAUGUACAACGUGGCCGUCAUCAUCUCCAAGAACGUUCUCUCUAUCCUGGCCUGUGUGUUUGUCGCUGAGAUGCAGUCACGGUUCUGUUGGGUGAUCCAGCUCUUCAGCCUUGUCUGCACAGUUAAAGGCUACUAUGACCCUGCGACUCUGAGUGAUGAGGAGUGCAGUCUGCCUGUUGAAGAAGCGGGCAUCAUCUGGGACAGCAUCUGUUUCUUCUUCCUGCUCCUGCAGAGGAGAGUCUUCCUCAGCUUCUACUUCCUGCAUGUGAGUGCGGACCUGCAGGCGUCUGCCCAGCAGGCCUCGCGGGGUUUCGAAUUAUUCAAGGCCAGCAUCAUGAAGAACGUCCGUUUCCGCCAGCAGGUGGAGAGGAAGUCUAUUGAGCAGCUGAAGAACUCAAUGAAGCGAAUCCGCGAUAAGCAGCAGAGGUAUAAAGAGGGUCGCAGGGCGUCCGAGCGAGAGGAGCAGCCAUCGGAGUCACAGGAGGGGAAGAAGAGGAGGAAGAUCUCCAGUCAGAAAGAGUGGCACCACCCCUGGCUAGACCAUGCAACCGUACUGCAUUCUGGAGACUAUUACCUGUUUGAGUCAGACAGUGGUGAGGAGGAAGAUCUCAUAGAAGAGGAGCAAAAACAGCGCAGACUGACUGCAUUUCAGCUGGCAUACCAGGCAUGGGUGAGCAAUGCUAAACAGGCACUUCAAGAGCGGCAGUGCAGGCAGAGGGAGCAGAAGCUGGAGAGGGAAAGACAGCAGACUGGCUCCCGGGCCUCAGGUGAUGACGAGACCUCGCCUGUCUUCAGUGAAGGGGAGGAGCCGGAAGAGGACAGGGAGGAGCCAAGCUCAGGAAGUGACACGGUGCAGCGGAUCUUAGACGUGCUGAAGUUCCUGUGGGUGCUUUGCCUUGCUAUGGUGGACAGCUUCACACUGUGGCUCACCAUGCUCACCAAGCAGCAUGUGGACACCUCCACCGUGCUCUGUGAGGAGCGCCACCUACUCAUCCACGGCGCGGGCCAGGAGCGACGUGGCACACAGAGCAAGAGGGAGCCAUCGGGAGACCAGCUGUCCCUGGGCAGCGAGAGUCCGACUCUGGAGUCGUGUCUAGAUGAGACAGACACAGACAUCAUCAUCAUCAUCAGUACUGCAGCCAGUGCUGUGGAGCUGGAGGAAAUCGGCGAGUCGGAGGGUUCACGGGGCUGUGACAGCAUGACGCUGCUUGCCGCGCCCCCUCCGGGGCCGGAGGCAGAGCCUCGACAUCUCCGUCGGCAGCGACGUUCCAGAACGGCCAGCGAGCUGCUCGCAGACAGGCCCUUCUCCAUCGAGGAGCUGGAGCAGAGCCGAGCAUUCUACUCCACUCAGAACCGGCUCCUCAAGCUGCUCUUCGCCCUGUGCAACGUGCUGGCGGCCCACUCCGAGCUGGUGUGCUACUUAAUCAUCGUGCUCAACAACAUGGUGACCGCCUCCGUCAUCUCACUGGUGCUGCCUGUCCUCACCUUCCUCUGGGCCAUGCUGUCGGUGCCCCGCCCCUCCAAGAAGUUCUGGAUGACCGCCAUCAUUUACACGGAGGUCAUGGUUGUAGUCAAAUACCUGUUCCAGUUUGGCUUCUUCCCGUGGAACAGCGAAUACGAGAUGAAGCUGAACGAGAACAAGCCCUUCUUCCUCCCACGGAUCCUGGGUCUGGAGAAAACUGACAACUACAUCCGCUACGACCUGCUGCAGCUGCUGGCGCUCUUCUUCCACCGCUCGCUGCUCCAGCGCUAUGGGCUGUGGGACGAGGGAGGUCCUCCGGAGGAGAACUCCAGUCCAUCCUCGCAAGAGGAGAAGAGGUCAGAAAAGGAGCAAGAGGAGGUGUGCACCGGCCUCUCCAACCUAGAGGACAAGACCGUUGCGGCUGACGGGGGAGCCCUGAGUCCUGCAGAUGUGCCGAGCGAGACCCAGCCCGACCCGGAGCAGAACCAGAGCACAGAGAUGACUCCCGCCCCGCCCGCCCCGCACGAGGGGCAGGGCAAGAAGAGAGGCCUGCUCCGCUUUCGCAAGAGGAAAACGUCAAACAAAGAUGCCACGGUGAAGGAGGCGAAGAAGAAGGCCACAGCGCAGCGCAGCAAGGAAGCGGGUAAAAAGCUAAAGGCUUUUGGGGAGAAACUCAAGGGCCUUUUCAUCUCUGUCAUGGGGAACAUCUAUAUGCCAGCCCACAGAUUCUUCAAGAACAUCCUGCAUGCUGAGGAUCGGGCCGCCACUGAUGUGUACGCGCUGAUGUUCCUCACUGAUGUGGUGGACUUCAUCAUCAUCGUGUUCGGAUUCUGGGCUUUUGGAAAACAUUCGGCAGCAGCGGACAUCGCCUCCACGCUGUCGGAGGACCAGGUGCCUGAGGCCUUCCUCGUCAUGCUCCUCAUCCAGUUCAGCACCAUGGUCGUGGACCGCGCCCUCUAUCUGCGCAAGGCCAUGUUGGGGAAACUCAUCUUCCAGAUCCUCCUGGUCUUCGGCAUCCACCUGUGGAUGUUCUUCAUUUUGCCUGCUGUUACUGAGAGAAUGUUCAGCCAGAACUCUGUGGCCCAGCUCUGGUAUUUUGUGAAGUGCAUCUACUUCACCCUGUCAGCCUAUCAGAUCCGCUGCGGUUAUCCCACCCGCAUUCUUGGAAACUUUCUCACUAAGAAGUACAACCACCUCAACCUCUUCCUCUUCCAAGGGUUCCGCCUAGUUCCCUUCUUGGUGGAGCUUCGGGCCGUUAUGGACUGGGUUUGGACCGACACCACCCUGUCCCUGUCCAACUGGAUGUGCGUGGAGGACAUCUACGCCAACAUCUUCAUCAUAAAGUGCAGCCGAGAAACAGAGAAGAAAUACCCUCAACCAAAGGGCCAGAAAAAGAAGAAAAUAGUGAAAUACGGCAUGGGUGGACUCAUCAUCUUCUUCCUCAUCUGCAUCAUCUGGUUCCCGCUGCUCUUCAUUUCAUUGGUCAGAUCAGUUGUGGGUGUGGUCAACCAUCCUGUGGACGUUACGGUCACAGUCAAGUUGGGCGGUUACGAGCCCCUGUUUACCAUGAGUGUGCAGCAGCAGUCCAUACAGCCUUAUACCCAAGACAACUAUGACCGUCUCACCAAGGAGUUCGGAAAUAAUGCAGUGGCCAUGCAGUUCAUAACGCUGUACAGCUAUGAGGACAUCGUCACGGCCAACAUCGAGGGCAGCUCGGGCUCUGUGUGGAGGAUCAGUCCGCCUAGCAGGGAUGAGCUCAUUCGGGAGCUGCUGGACAGCCCUGCAGACAUGACCCUGCGCCUGGCCUGGACCUUCCAGAGGGACCUGGGGAAGGGCGGAACAGUGGAGAACACUUUUGACAAGCACUCCAUCAAUCUGGAGCAUGGUAACCACGUGAGAGCAGACCUGGCCUCACUGCUGCAGAGCAAACGCACAGAGCCAGCCCGAGUGCCCCACAUGUUCCCCAACUACAUCCGAGCCCCCAACGGAGCCGAGGCGAAGCCCGUGAGUCAGCUGUAUGAGGGAGAUGAAGAGGGCUAUCUGGACAUGACGCUGUCUCUCAUGAGGGACGUGUCUCUGAACAGCACUGCAGCCCAGGAGUGGUGGGACAUCAGCAUCGCAGACUGUGACAAGUCUUCAGCAAGAUGCGAUGUCCUGCCCAUGGUCAUCUUCAAUGACAAAGUCAGUCCGCCCAGUCUGGGCUUUCUGGCUGGAUAUGGGAUCAUGGGCCUGUACGUGUCGGUGGUUCUGGUGAUCGGCAAGUUUGUGCGAGGAUUCUUCAGCGAGAUCUCCCACUCCAUCAUGUUCGAGGAGCUGCCGUGCGUGGACCGCAUCCUCAAGCUGUGCACGGACAUCUUCCUCGUGCGCGAGACGGGCGAGCUGGAGCUGGAGGAGGAACUGUAUUCCAAGCUCAUCUUCCUGUACCGCUCGCCAGAGACCAUGAUCAAAUGGACCCGGGAGAAGAACGGCGAUUAGGCUCCCGCUUGUUCCCAAAUCCGCUACCGGCCCUUGUCACGGCAGCGCGGGGCCCAAGUGUGUGCUUCCGUGUCGAUGCGGUUGUUCUGGGAUUCUGCUCGAGUGAACGGAGCUGCAGGGUUAGCCCUCGAGCGUGACAUACUGAUGCGAUUGAUGGCUGCAACCAUGUUCAAAGAACACAGUCCAUAGCAGUUUCCCCUCCCCUCCUCCUCCCCUCCCCUCCCCUCCCCUCCCCAAUGCUGCUGAGCUAUGCUGACUGUUUGUGUGAGUACGUGAGUGAGAGAGAGAUGUAUGGGUCAGGAAUCUGAAGCCUGGAUUAUGGAGGUUUUAGGUUUUUCUUUAAGAUCAAGUCAUGCUUACAUAAUCCUAUUUCAGGCCGUGUCACCAAAGAGCCUUAUAGAGUAAAUGGGACAAGCGCAGGUUUGAUCUUGAAUGCGUUACUGUCUGGGGUCUUCCUCGCAGUGUAGCCUGCCACAGAGGGGUGGCCAGCAGAUGAGGCACAGCUAUACUUGGAGGACCUCUUAUGCAGCACCACAAACACUAUUGUAAUGUAUUUCAUGAUGAUGAUUACUGCAGCAAAACUGUUUACAUACAGCUGUUUUAAAAAUGGUUAAAAUGUAAUUUCUGGUAAAUGGAAGACUUGAAGUUAUAUUUGGCUGCAGGAAGUAGAAAGACUGUUACACCAUAGGGAAAAUGCAUAAUGACACUUCAGGCAAGUCUGCUAUAGUGUUGUGAUGUUUUGUAUGGAAAAUGUAUUUCUGGAAUAAUUUUACAUAAUUAGCUACCAUUAUGAUGGUUGUGGGUUUUUACUGUAGGGACAAUCAAACGUACUAUUGUAACUGUCAAAGACCUUCUAUUUAUUCAUAUUUUCAAAAAUCAAAUGUGAUGAAUUUUUGGUGACACUUUGCAAAUUUACAGUAUAUUAAAAAUAAUGUUGCACAUC